UAGUUGCUCAGGGAUUUUGUGUUUUCAGACUCUGAACACACAUGUUCAGAAGUUAGAGCAGCCGUUAUCCAUUUUCUUUUAAAAAAUGAAAACCAUUUAACUUAUAUGCAUUAGUAUUUUUUUAAUUAGGCAUACGUUUAUCCAGUUUGGAUGCAGAUGAAUGUCUCUUUUCAUGUCUUUUGCAUAAAUGCAUUGUGGGACGUUUGAUUUGCAUGUUUGGGAAUACAAAUGAGCACAAAUUUGUUGGAUAAAAGGUAAAAAAGGACGACAUUAUCAUCAUACUGAUCCUUGUCCUCAGGCAAACUGGAACAGCAUCACCUGCCAGGCAUCCAACGACAGAAACCAUGAAAGACACCAACGGUGGAUACGAGAACCAGCUAUUCAAAGAUGAGGACUUCAUGGGAGAGGAGGAAGAAAUGCCUUCAUUUAGAGGUCGUUCAAGAGUUGGCUGUGUGAGAUGCCAGCAAAGCCACUCUCUCCAGCUGGCUGUCAAGGUCCUCUAUGGUUUUGUUGCUUUCCUCAUCAUAACUGUUGCAGUUCUGGCAUCACUAGUGUUCAAAAAGGUGGACAAUUUGUCUGAAGAGGAAUCGGCGCACAACAAGAAGAUUGCAAAAGUUCAAGAAGGAAUAGAGGAUCUGAGGUCUGUGUCGAACAGUUCAGACUGCCUGGAUGUCUCAUUUUACAGUGAAGAGAUCAGCAGGCUAAAGAGAGAAUUUGAAGACAUUCAGAAGAUGAUACUGGGUCAAGAGCAGUUUCUGGAUCAGGCAUCCCAAACCCAAACCACCAUAAAAGCAACAAGCAACCAGCUAACACGGGAAGUCCAAAACCACCUCAUGUCGCUCAAACUCCUCAACCAAUCUCUGGAGAGAUUCACCAAUCAGGUGCAGGGUUGGAAGGAGGUGAUUGAUGAAACAGAAGAAAAGAUGAAAACUUUAACAGAGGAUCAGUACGACGUAAAAGCAACGGCGCAACAAGUCAACACAACAGUAGCACUCAGCACAAUGUGGAUCGAUGCCCUCCAAAAAAAAGCAGAUGAAGAGACUGCCGUCCUACAGACGUUGACGAAUAAUUUGCAGAACUACACUCGAGUUUUGAGCGCUAUCAAAUCCAACACCAGCAACACCUCCCAAAAAAUGCGCUCCCUUCAGGGCACAAUCGUAAUAGACCAGCAGAAAAUGGCAAUGUUCUCGGAUGUGAUCUACGACCUCACACAACAGGUUAUGAACCUCCAGAUGCAGCUCGACAACGUGACGUCGCUAAUGGAUGAAAACGAGGAAAACAUGCAUGAUCUUCAGUAUCACUCCAGGUACUACGAGAAUCGGACAGGUGAGCGUUUCUCAGCUUUAGAUGGCCGUUUGAACUCCAUCGAGAUGGAGAUUGAAACCAUCGCCUCAAGCGUCAACGCCACGGUCAGCCACGUCCAGAGCAUGUACAAGUACAUCAACGUGGAGAGCUCCUCCUGCAAGAGUCGCCUGGGCAGACACACCGAAGACCUACAGAACAUGAACACCACCGUUUUCUUACUUCUCAACUUGGCCAGCACUCUGAAGCAGCAGAACAUGCUGCUGAAUGUUCGGCUAGACAUGGAUGUGAGGAAUCUGUCGAUGGUGAUGGAGGAGAUGAAGCUGGUUGAUGUUUUUCACUCCAACCUCAUAAAUAAUUUCACUGUUCUUAAAGGCGCUCCUGGGCCACCUGGGCCCAUAGGAAACCGUGGUGAGACUGGCCCAAAAGGACCCAUGGGCCUUACUGGCAGUAAAGGCGACAGAGGCCCUAUAGGAGGCCGUGGAACCAUUGGCGUGAAGGGUGCGCUUGGUGUUAGAGGAUCACCAGGAGAACCGGGCUCUAUUGGCAGCAGAGGGCCCGCAGGUCUAAAAGGAGCCAAGGGGUCAAUCGGUCUUCCAGGCCCCAAAGGGGAAAGGGGCCAGAAAGGGGAUUUGGGGCCCUCUGGUUCUGAUGGCAUCCCUGGAGUUGAAGGACCUCCAGGAAUCCAGGGCCAUGUAGGACUACCAGGUAUCAUUGGACCUCCAGGACCGAGAGGAAAAUCUGGGCCAACAGGACCACCUGGACCACCAGGUACACCUGGACCUCCUGGCUUACCGUACAGGCAUGAGCCUCAGCAACAAACCGUGACGCCUGCUGCUGGCCCCAAGAGACAGUAACUCUGAAUGAAGAGUCUGAGUUUGAUGUUUUCGUACGCAGAAGCUGAGGAAUGACCAUUCUGGAACUAAAAUACUGAUUUUCAUUGAAGACACACAAGAAUUCAUUCAUUGGAUUGUGCAAAGCCAUGAAGACUAAAUAAAAAAUACAGCACACUGGCUUCACAAUGGAAUUUGACAAAACAUGGUGAUGAUGAAUGGAAUAAGGAAGACCAAAGCAGCUUUCUAUGGACUCAACUAUUGAGUGAAAUAUUAUCUUUUUCGAUUUGUUUGCUUGAGUUUUUUAUAUGGCACAUGUGUAUCAACCAGAUUAACUAAAAUGAUCAUCUUAAUAGGUCUUUAUUUCAGAAUAUAAAAGAAUAUGACAUAGAGGUUUGUUAAGCCAAAAAAUCAUUUAAAAGUAGGAUGGUAACCAUGAAUUAGGAAAGAAUCAAAUUAUUUACUUAUUUACUAUAAACAGAAAGACGUCCAAUUUGAAGCACUUUAUUAUCUCUAAAACGUGAAACCUAAAGAGAUUUCAGAGCGGGAACUCUGAAAACAAUUUUAUUAACUAGCUGGUUUGUAAAGAAAAUUAAGAAAUCAAAUUCAGUUUGUUUUCUUUUUUUAAGAUAUAUUUGUCAUAUAUUACAGCUUGUGAGGUGACACUGACUAGCAAUAAAUAAACAAUUGGGUUUCUCAUGGAAACAACAUGCAUUUAAGAGCCAUUUCAUGUGCCAAAAGAAAUUUUCUCACAAGUACAAGAAAGUUUUAGGUGUUCACAGGAAUGUACCAUGAUAUGAUCAGAUAUCUUCUCGCUGUGAAUUUGUUUAAUGGCUGCACAAUGACAUCAGACUUCCAGAAAACAUUAAAUAUAAUUGAUACGUAAACUGUGAACAAAGAAAUGGCAGUGAAGAGUAGUGGUACAUUGAGGAAACGGUUGAUUUUAUUUUAGGUUGAUUGGAGUGCUGGAAAGCAGAAGACAAUCAUCUUCACUAUCGCCUGGUAAGCGCUCCCCCACACAAACUUAUCAACUUUUAUGAUGUUUUAUGACAUUGGUUCCUCUGUUGGUGAUCAUUUGAAAGGUCUGUGGAUUGCUAAAUUAAAGGAAAAUACGUAAACAAAGACGUAAGGAGCACAGCUAAGCUAGCUCUGCCAUCUUGCUUGAUGAGGAAUACUUGGUGGAAGCGGGCGUCAGCUCCAGUGACGUGUGGCCUAAUAAGUAAAAAUAAGAAAAUGUAUUUGUCCACUUGAAUUUUCCAUAAAAUGCUUUUCUUAUUUUGUUUUUCAAAAUUUUGCGGGUCAAAAUCGCUGAAUUUACGCAUUGUCUGUUAAAAUACAUGAAAAAAAGACCCGGAUGAGGCAGUGCAGUGCUGUGCCUCGCCUCUGGGGGCAGUGCUGAUUCCCAUAGACACAACGAGCAACCUGUCCUCUUUUUCUACGCAUCUAAAAGACUGAAAACAGUCGGAGAAAUAAUAUACAGACGGAGCAGAACCGCCGAAGGCCACUCUUUGGCUGCCAGAAUUGUGAAAAUUAAAGAAAAAUGGGGAACAAGGACUUUUUAAAAAUAAAUAUUUGUGGAGAAGGAUAGAGGCUUGGACGUCAUAUAAAAUAAAGGUAAGAUCGUACAUGAUUUUCAAUUUAAAUCUGAAACGAGAGGUCAGCCAAACAAAACAUUAAAACAACUAAAUAUUAUUUUACUUUUCAUGUCAUGCACCUCACCGCACGUCACUGGUCAGCUCUUAACAUGGCACUGAAGUUUGACGGCACCAAAACCAAAACAGUUCAAGAACGAAGAGGCUUCAUAGUGUGUACUCCAACCCUUCUAGUGACUCUUUUUCAAAAAGUGACUAAAUCUAGCUACUUAAUUAGCCACUAUUGACCAUUUGCAACUACGUCACUCGAUCAUUCCAGGCGCCAUGAUGGACGUCAGAAGUGAGGGACAAACGUUGGUAAAUCUUAACAUAACAGCAGCGCUACUAUCGGAUAUCAACAUCAGUCCAUUUUUUGUUUUUUGAGAUUCCCCAACAAUUAUUUUUCUGUAGUUUAUCAAAUGAACCUGUAAGAAUAAUAGCUCAUUUCUAAGUUAACCUGAAGAAAAGUUAUUCAAAAAAAAAUUGAAAUUGUACUCAAUUUAAUAAUAAAGAGGCAGGCUCAAAAAUACGCUUAUAAAAAUGUCUAUACUGUAGCUUUUCGUUUAUGUAUUCAUAAACAAAUAAACUCUCACGUUACUCAACCAUUUAUAGCUUUUGUAUCCAUGUUAGCGACGGGAUUUGGCACUUACACGCAGGAACAUCUACCAUCGCUCCGCCACAAUGAGCUCCGCCACCCAUUUGUUGAGACCAGGAUGGUAUUAAAUAAAAUUUCCGGUUUGUCUGUAAAGCUGCACAUCUAAAGCACAGUGUUCAGUUUAUCUGCUCACCUGUAUAAAUAAUCCCAACGCACUCUUCCUCGCAGUUCACUCUGAACCAGCAGCUCCAGGAGGAGAAAAGCUGCCGUACUCCAGGAGUCUUGCCAAUUAUUUUAAAGAUGCUUAUUGGUCCCCCGAAAAACAAUAAAAACCUGGACAUUAUCAUUAAUCAAUAAAAACCUCCCAGACCGAACAUGAAAACUGGAUGUUAUGCUGCUUUUGUCAACAACUCAGGCGGAAGUGAGAGCUCCGUGCAACAAAAAUAGUAGAAUAGAAGAAGUUUAGAAACUUAUGUAUUGCUCUUAAUCUUAUCAACAAUUACCUCAUAGUACCAUAACGCUUCACCUCCGACAAAACAAAAAACACUCACCAGAAGCCUGGUCCUCUUACAGCUGUCCCUCCCAGCUCCACAUUCAAAGUGCAAAUGGAUACUCUGCGUAACGCCCCUGUUGGCUGAUCACAUUUUGGAAAUAAAAUAAAUGAAAGUACUUUACAAAUUUCCAAAACAUGAAACAUAAAAGGACAAAUAUGUCACAAAUCUGUAUAUUUGUAAAUAUAUGAUGCGACAAACAUCUAAGUAUCAAUUACGGUUAAUGUGUGACAGUAAAAUGUCUGUCUUGUUUACUCAUUUAUCUCUUAAAAAAUGCUUUAAAAGUGUAAUCUGUUGUUGUGAUGAAAUGCGACUGGUUUGCGUUGAACUUCAAUAAAAAGUUUUGUUUUUUUCCA